UUAUUGAUUUAUUGUCGUUUAACCAGACGGGACAGACAUUUAACAGAUAAGAUGAAGCUUCUCAUAGCGAUUACACUCUUCGUCGCGGUGUCUGCUUUCCCUCUGUCAAAUAAACCGCUCCGAGAUGGACCUCCAAUAAUUUUCAGACACUGGGAACCAACACCCGAGAACGUAAGAGAGCUCCAAAAUGAUCAAAGCCGUUAUGAACUUAUUAAAAAAAUUUUAAAUGCGUUGCCACAAAAACCUUUAGAAGAAAUCAUAGAUGCCCUUAAUAUUAUUCAUCACAUACUAGAUGACAAUCAAUACGACGAUGAUGAUGCUGAUAUAGCUAUAAACGAUGGUGAAGAUGAGAACCAAUCCGACUUAGCCCCCGAUAGUGAAGGAGAGGCUGUGAAUCUUGAGCCUCCCCCACACAGAGGCGACAACGAAAACGACAACGCUCAACAAUCAAAUAAUGAAAGCGAGAACAGCAAUAAAAUUCCAAAUAAACACAAACAUCCAGCCGGAAAUCAAUCCCAGCCAGAAGAUGAGGAAAAUCCUGAAGAAGUUGAUGAAAAUGAUUCUCAGGGUGAAGAAGAAAUUGUUGAAACACUUGAGGGAAUCGAAUUUAAAGUUCCAAAUGUCGUUCAGCAACAGCCUAACUAAUAACCACCAACUAAAGCGCGUAAAGAAAUUCUACUACCCUGCAAUAAAAGUUUAGGCAAAAUUGUGAUAUUUUGAAACAUUUAGUAUUAUAUUUAUUAGCUUGUGUUUUUCGAUUGUUAUUAUUUCUUUGUAAAAAUUUUUUGUUAGUAAAUUUAUUAAAAUGAAUAACUGAAAUUUUAUUUAAAAAUCAAUUUUUCAAAUUUCAUUCAAAAUUAUUUUUUUCGAGCAUUUAUAAGACUUCUAAUUUAUUUCCUAACAAAUAAUUAAUAAACAAAUCUUCUCAGACAUAAAAUUCAAGUUUUA